CUCCAAGUGCAGAGCUCAAGGGACGCCACACAACCCCUUCGGCCUUGCGCCGAUGCAAGUGCAGAAGAAGCGGCACUUGGUGCGGCGCUACAAAAAGAUACCAACACACGUCUUUUGCGUCUUGUGCUUAGUGAUGGGCAUACUGAGAUCCCUGCCAUUGAGCUCUCUACGCUUCAUGUAUUCCGCACCAUUCCUAUCCCUGGGGAGAAACUACUUAUAAAAGAGAAGGCGGAGGUGAGAAAUGGUGCUAUUAUCAUGACGGAGACAUGUGUUUUACCUCUCGGUGGCGAAGUGCAGCAGCUCAAAAGGGAGUUUCUUGCCAGGAAGAAUAGAGCCGACGUACCCUAUCAAACUAGUGCGGGUCUGGAGGCAGCGCCACGCUUUCAACCCCUGCGUUUGGGCAACACUGCGGCAAGUAGUCUCUCCUUCAAGCCAGUGAUGUGUGCAGACAGGGGUAGAGGAGGAGAAGGAGUAGGAGGAGGCAGCCGAGGGAGGAGUGGAGGAGGCAGCCGAGGGAGGAGUGGAGGGCGUGGCUAUUGCGGCGGGCGAGGCAGUGGCGGCCGCCAUCGUCUGCAUCACCGGGGAAGGGGCUUUGGUGGUGACCGUGUUGAGCCGUCACAAGAUUUUUCAUCGCAUUAA